AUGUUCAGCGACGGCGCUGGUGGUUCCCCCCACUUGGCGUCGCCUCCAUCUUCCGACUGGGAGUCUUUCUCGAUGAGCUCAAUGGCAACAGCAUGCAGCCACAUCGCCUCCGAGGGCGAGGGCUACCUCAAGAUCGCGAAGACCAAGGCGCUCGACCUCAAGUGUGCCGCGGUGGCCCGUCUGCGGGGGGUCAGGGCCAAGACGGCAGACGUGAUCUCGAACAGAGCCGUCCAGGUGACUGCCGCCUCCGCGGUCGGUGGCGCCGUCCUCGCGGGCGGCGCCUCCGGCCUGCUGGGGCUCGCGCUCGGCACCGCCGGCGGCGCGUCCGUGGGCGUGGUGCCGCCGAUCUUCACGUUCGGGCUCAGCAUCCCGCUCUUCGCGGCGGUCGGCGGGGGGCUCGGCCUCGCCGUGGCCCUGCCAGCGGGCGGCGCCGCGGGGGCGGUGGGCGGCGGUGCCACGGGCUACGCUGCGUACAGCAAGCGCGCGGAGAUCACGAGCUUCACGGGCCAGGGCUACGCCAAGGCCAGGAGCACCGCGCAGUCGGCGUGGGCCCGCGUGGCCUCGAAGUCCGAGGCCGCGGUGAAGUUCGCUGAGGCCAAACGGGAGAGCGCCAAGGCCUUGGCGCGGUCCUCCAUCGACACCACCCGGCAGAAGGUCGGGGAGGGCUGCGAGUGCGCAUCCAAAAGCCUGGCGGCGGCCAGGGCAAAGGGCAUCGAGCUGGCGUCCGACCGCAGCGUCCAGGUGGGCGCCGUGUCCGCUGCGGGAAGCGCCGCCGUCUGUGGCACUGCAGGAGGGGUGGCUGGUCUGUGCACCGGCACCGUCGUCGGCGGCGCCAUCUACCGCCCCGCCGCUGUCUCGACCGGCCCUGCGCCGGUCCCUCCCGAUCGGCGCGGCCCUCGGCGGCGGCUGCGGCCUGCUCGCCGGCGCGGGCGCGGGCGGCGCCGCGGGCCUCGUGGGCGGCGGCGCCGCGGGGUACACCGCGCACUCGAGGCGCGAGGACAUCGGCGUGAGGGUCAAGGACACCAUCUCGAAGGUGAGCGACGGAGCGGAGUACAUGAAGGGCAAGGCCUCCACCUCCGCGGCGUACGUGCGGGCGAGGGUCGUGGGCGGCACCGGCGGCACGGACUGAGGCCACGCGAGGGCGCCCUGGAGGCCUCCGGCCUGGGAGGGGCGUGGAGCCCCUCCCUGCGGUUGCCAGCCUGGAGCAUCUCUGUGUCCCUACGCUUCAUUUCUGAGAGCGCACCCCUGAGAUUGUCGUUGCCUUUUGGCUUGUUCAUCCUUAGGGGCAGGGAUCAGUUCGAGGCUGGCUGUGCUGGGGUCCCCGAAGGUUCGGCGGACGGACGAGGCCCCGCAUCAUGA